AUGGAUGCUGUUAUGUCCAACAAACAAAUCAAACACAAAAAGAUCAUGAACGUUGUGAAGGAGAAGGAUUUGGAAGGACUUAAUAAGCGGCUGAAAGGGAUUAAAGGUGUAGCAAAAACUCUCGAAACCGAUAUCAACAACGGAAUUGAUGAUGAUGAAAAGAAGAUUGCUCAACGACGUAAGAACUUCGGUUCAAACGCAUAUAAAAAGCCACCUCCAGAAGGUUUUUUACGUACCACAUGGCGACCUCUACAAGAAUUUGCCAUUUUGAACAAGUUGAUGAACAUUCUUGCUGCGCUUAUCCUUUUCCUCGCUGCCACUGCUGUCGGAAGCUACGUGCCCUCAGCUCACAAGUCUAAAGAAGUGAUGAUGGAUGGUCAUAAAAUAGAAGUUUUGAGAAGUGCUAGACGAAGGAAGAUUUCGACAUCGGAAAUCGUUGUUGGAGAUGUGGUUUGCUUGAAGAUGGGAGACAAAGUUCCAGCAGACGGCUUGUUCUUAAAAGGGCAGAAUCUGCAAGUAGAGGAUGGUGAGAGUGCAGACGCCGUACAAGUUAACGAGCAAAAUCCAUUUCUGUUCUCUGGAUCUCAAGUGGUUGAUGGUUAUGGAGGAUGCCAGAUGAUGGUCACUACAGUUGGAAUGAAGAAAAAGUGGUGCGAAAUUAUGAGUCAACACAGUCACGAUGGAAAAAGUGAUGAGGAGGAGGAAAUUCCCACAGUAGAAAAUCGAGUGAACCAGCUCAUUCGUUCCAUUCGUAACAAGCUUGCUCUACCAGUUGCUUUGAUAGGUUCCGCAGUCGUGCUCGUCAGAUACUUCACCGGGACCACCAAAGACAUUGAUGGAAAUCAGGAGUUCAUUGAUGGUCACACUACGCAUGGUGACUUUUUCGGUUCUUCAGUGCUGAAAUUUGUAGCAGCUGCUUUUGUCACCGUUGUGGUCGCGAUUCCAGAAAGCUUGCGGUUAUGCGUGCCGCUUACUGUUUUCUACUCCAAGAAGAGAAUGAUGGCUGACAUGGAAAUGGUGAGUGACCUCUCCGGUUGGGAGAAAAUGCCAUUCGUCACCACCAUUUGUACGGACAAAACAGGCACUCUCUCCGUGAACCAGAUGAAAGUCGAAACGUUUUGGGUGGGCAAGUACCGUUUGGUUAAUGAAGCUUACUUUUCGAAUGUUUCUGAUUCUCUUAAAAAUUUGUUGGAAGAGGGAAUCGCUCUGAAUACAAGUGGCAGUGUUAGAAAAAGUACUACUCCAACUGAUAAAGCAAUUCUUUCAUGGGCAGUUCAUGACUUGGAGAUGGAUAUGGGAGUGAAAAGCACGUGUAAAGUUGUUAAUCUGGCCGCUUUCGAUUCGCAGAAGAAAAGAAGUGGGGUUUUGAUGGAAAGGGAGGUAGACAAGACAGUCCACGUUCAUUGGAAAGGAGAAGCAGAGGUGAUUCUAGAAAUGUGUUCAAGCUACUACGAUAUUUCUGGGACCACCAGCGAAGAUCUCGGUGCUGAACAAAAAGCCGCAUUCCAACGAAACAUUCAAGUUAUGAAGGAGAGCAGCCUCCAGUGCAUCGCUUUUGCACACAUUGAAGAUCAAGCGGCUGAUGCUACCACUGGAGAUCAAACGGAUGGAAGUCGUCAAACGCUGAAAGAAGAUGGUCUGGUACUAUUAGCACUGGUGGGUAUCAACGAUCCAAGUCUUCCACAAAUGAAAUCAGUCGUGGAAGAUUGUCAGAAGGCCGGAAUAGAUGUCAAGAUGUUCACCGGCAACGAUGUUUCCAUGGCCAAAGACAUAGCCAGAGGGUGUGGAAUACUAACAGGUACUCCAAACCAGGAGGAGGGAGAAGUAAUAAAAGGUGAGCAGUUUCGAGUCUACUCUCCAAAUGAAAGAAAUGAAAAAGUUGACAAAAUCCGAGUCAUGGAAAACUCAUCUCCUGAUGAUAAACUCCUGAUGGUGAAAACCUUGAAGAAACGAGGUCACAUAGUUGCAGUCUGUGGUAAUGCCACAAAUGGUGAUGCAUGGGCAAUGAUAGAAGCUGAUGUGGGAAUCUCAAUGGGAAUCCGAGAAGGCACUGGCGCCGGUGGCAUCGGAGUUAGCAGCAAGAAGAUCUCCGAUAUUGUAAUCUUGGAUGGUAAUUUUGCAUCGGUGCUUAAAGUUGUGAGAUCGAGUAUUGGGAUUUACAACAACAUACAGAAAUUCAUACAGUUUCAGCUCACUCUCAAUCUUGCUACUCUUGCUCUCUUGCCACAGAGAAGCCCACUGAAGAACAGAUCAGAAACAGGAGGCCACUUAAUAGGGGUAGGAAAGAGAAAGUGCCACCACUCAUAUCCAUGA